AUGACUCAUAGUAACACCUCGGUAUUUUUGUUUACUGUGCAAGGCAUAUUGGCGUCGCUGACAUGUGGGCUAUGCUGUUUUAUAUAUGCCUAUUGUUGUAAUAGUAAACACCUUAAAAGUGAUACUAAUAAUAAAGAGGAAAGGGGCAAUAAAAGAAGUAUUUCUAAGUUAAGUUCAGACAGUUAUGAUUGUUCUACCUUUAAAAAGAGUAAAGUGCAAACGAAAAAGAAAACUGAAAAGGAGAAGUUAAGCGAAUUAAUAAAUAACAAGGCAAAUGAAUAUAAUGCUAUUUCAUUAGAAAAAAAGUUAAAUUGUAUGGAGGAUGGUAUAUCAAAUGCAAAAUUAUUAAAAAAGGGUACUACUGAUGAAUGUAGCGCAAAUGGUAGCAGCGAAAACAGUCAUUGUAUUAAAGCUGAUCAAGAAGUACACCAAGAAAACCGUUACAACAAAGGAGCUAGCAAAAUGAUGACUCAUUGUGCACAGAUGAUAAAUAGUAACAAAGGGAUAUAUAACAAAACUGUAUUAAAUGCAAGCAACAGGAAUGAUAGUAGUAACAGAAGUAAUAGUAGUAAUAUUAAUAGUAGUAAUAUUAAUAGUAGUAGUAUUAAUAGUAGUAAUAUUAAUAGUAGUAAUAUUAAUAGUAGUAAUAGUAAUAGUAGUAAUAGUAAUAGUAGUAAUAGUAAUAAUAAUGGUAAUAGUGGAAGUAUAGGUAGAAGUAGUAGUAACAGUAGUAGUAGUAAUAAGGAGUUUUUUUCAAGGAGAAGGAAAAACGAUCUUGAAGAAUAUUAUGACCUAAAUGAAUUAAUGAACAAAUACGAAAAUAAGAGUAGUGCAUACAUGGAAGGCAGUAACAGUAAUAAUAUAGCUCCAAUAAUUUACAAUGAAGACAGACAAAAAUAUUUAAGCAAUAAUAACAAUACCACCCAUAAUAUCUGCUCACACGAAAGAGCAUUAUUCACUCGUGGUAAUAACAUAAACAAAAAUACUAUACCAUUUGAUGAGAAUAGAAAUACCUUUAAUAAACAUAAGAAGGAUAGUUACAUUACAAAUAGAGAUUAUAAAAAGGGGAAUAAAAAUAAUUCUACAAAUAUUGUUUUUAGCAAUGUUUGUACAAGAACUAAAGGAGAAAAAAGUAACAACAUUACUGUUAAUAAUACCACUGCAGGCGAUUAUAAAUCAAAAUGGAACAGUCUUCAAAGUGAUGAAGAAAGAGCUAUCAAUCAAAAUAUGGAAAAAACAAACUAUAAUAAGGCAAUUUUUAAAGAGGAAAAGUUAUAUAUUAAAAAGGAGGAGGAAAAUACUACAAAUAUGACAAAUGAAUUAAUGGCUGAUCAUUACAAUGAUAUUAUAACAAAACCAAAUAAAAAAAAAAGCGGACAUAGAAAUAAUUUUUAUAAUUCACGAAAGGAAUAUAAAUAUUAUGUAAAUGAUUGUGAGAAUUAUGAAGAUAAAGAAAAGGAAAUAAAUUCUAUGCAAAGAAAACAAAUGAAUAAUUUCAUCUCCCCAAAUAAACUAAAUUACGCAUAUGCUCAGUCUUCUAAUUUAAUAUUAACAAAAUAUGAUGAAAACACUCUUUUGAAAAAUUAUGAAAAUAUAUUUGAUUCGCUUGACAGAAAUAUGUCUAUCAAUAGGGAAGUUAACAAUUUAGAAAAUAGCGCGAACAUAGCUACAACAUGUACCAACAUAAAUAGUCGAAAUUUAUCAAAACGCGAAAUUGAAAGGUCGAGGAAGCUUCCCAUAUAUGACACCUAUUCCAGUUCUAGUCAUACGCUAGAUAGUAGCACCUCCUUCAGCCGAAACAGAAACGGAAGUAACCAAAAUGUUCUCAUAGAAGAAACGGCAGUAGUACCAGCAUAUGGAGCAAUAAAUAUGCCUCUAUACCCAUGCGAAAGGCACAUGCAUAAUCUUGGCAUGUGCAUCGAUAGUAGCAACAAUAGAACUAAUCAUAGCAGCAAUCAUAGCAGCAAUCAUAACAGCAAUCAUAACAGCAAUUAUAGCAGCAAUCAUAGCAGCAAUCAUAACAGCAAUCAUAACAGCAAUCAUAGUAGCAGUCAUAGCAGCAGUCAUAGCAGUAACAACGGCGAUGGCAACAUUUGUAGGGUUCCAAGCACUGGUAGUUAUUACGAAAGCAAAAACAACAACUCUAAUGACACAUUUCAAAUUAAGGACAUAAUGGCAAGUGAUCAAAUACACAGCAAUUUUGUAAAUUUUGAUAAAUCUAAAAAGAUUCCAAAAAAUAAAUUAUUUUAUAAUUCUAAUAUGGAAAGUUUGUUAAAAGCAAAAAGAGAAACUUCCUUAUCUUUAGGACAUUUGAAAAAUGAAAAAAAUUUUUGUUUAUCAAGAGAAAAAAUAUCCAAAAAAGAUAAUAAAAGGGAAAGACAAAGUAAUAAAAACAGUAUGAUGUUUUAUAGUGUACCGGAGCAAAAACAUUUUAGCAGUUACAAUAGUAAUAGUAUCACUACUAACACUGCUUGUGAUAUAAUUAAUGGUAAUAUGAAUAUCUGUGUGAAUAAUAAUAGAUUUAAUAAGAUUGAUACUAAUCACUUGAACGGUGGAAGUGACCGUAUAAAUUACUCCUCUUUAGAAAUGGUGCAAGGAGGGAAAUUCGAAAAAAAAAAAAAAAAAAAAUUUUAUAACCAUUCUUUUGAGCAUUUACUAGAACGGCCACUAGAGCGACAACUUGGACCGUCAUUCAAAAGGUCAUUAGAACAUUCACUUGAGCGACCGUCGAGAAUCGGAAGAAACGAAAUAUAUGAAGAAGAAGAAGAACAACAACAAGAAGAAGGAGGUAGAGAAAAAAAUAGAAAUGCAGAUAAUUACUCAUCGUGCUCAAGCCUCUUAAAAAAUUGUGAUAAUGGAAAACCAUUAAUGCAGAAACAACAGUUAGAUGAUUGUACAUGCUUAUCAGAGUAUACGUACGAAAAUUAUUCUUUUCAUCCUUUAGAAAAAAUAAACUGUAGUAAUGAAAAUUACACGAAUUCAAAUAAAUAUGAAUAUUGUGGAAUAUGUCCUCCUGUUAAUAAUAUCAUCCCAUUACGCAACUCUCAUAGAACAUUCGAAGAUAUAUCAAUAAAUAAAUGUAAGCGAAAGGAAAAUAAAACAAUGAAAACAAAAAGUGAAUAUUGUGAUGACAUGUUUUUAUUAACGGAUGAUAACCUUGAUUAUUACAACAUAUGGAGAGAAAAAAUACAAAAAAAUAAUAUCAAUAAAACGAAUUAUAAAAGUAACAAACAAACAAUGUUAGAAUCAUUUAACAGUAUUACGAAUAGGGGUGAACAAAAAUUACAGUUCAACAAAUAUAACGAAUACACGCAUGCACCUUCAGUUACUUACAAUGCAUGGGCAGAAGUUAGAGAGGGGGAAAAAGAACGCAAUAAAAUGAAAAGAACUACUACUACUACUGCUGCUGCCAAUGGUACUACUACUGCUGCUGCCAAUGGUACUACUACUACUGCUGCCAAUGGUACUACUACUACUGCUGCCAAUGGUACUACUACUGCUGCUGCCAAUGGUACUACUACUACUGCUGCCAAUGGUACUACUACUUCUGCUAUUACUGCUACAUACAUGUCUGGAGGCGAAGAAGAAUCUAGUGCAUUCGUACACAAAAAAGAGACCGAAGAAGAAUUUAAAAAAAAAAAAAAAAAAAAAAAAGAUAAAUUGAAUGGGUACAAAAAUAAUAAAGAAAUUAAAGACAUUAUAUAUGCAUAUCUACAAAAUUCAAAAAAUGAAUAUAAUAUGACAAAUAUGAAUAACUCCGAAAUGUUAAUAGAAAAAAUGGUAAAUAAAUACGGCAGUCAAGUGAAUUUACAUAAAGAUACAUAUACAAAAGAAAACAAAGAAAGCAAAAAGGCAUCAAGUAAAAGUACACCUCAUAACUGUUUUAAGGAAAAUUUAGAGAACAUUAGAACAACAAAGGAAAAAGUAGAUAAUGAUGAAGCGUUUACAGAAAUAGAAAAAAUGAAAAAAAAAAAAAAUAGAUCUGUUCCAAUAAAAAAAAUGGAGAAUAAUUGUGAACAAAAUUUUAUUCAACAUAUGCAAGAAUCAGGAAGUAGGAAAUCUAAUAAAAACAUGAGUUCUUCAUCUGAAAAUGAAAAUAAAAAUAACAGUAUAUACUUGAAAAAUGAAAAAGAAGAAAGUAAACUUUGUAUUGUGAAAAAAGAACAUCAAAACAAUAUCGAUAUGAUGAACCAAACUGUUAGAAGAAGCGCUAGGAUGAAAAGUAAAACAUAUAAAAAAAAAAAAAAAAAUUUUGAUAUUGACACAUACAGUAAAUAUUCAAGUGCGGAAAGAAAAAAUAAAAAAUUAAAAAAUGCGGAAGAAAAGGUGAAUAACAAGAUAAAUAUUAAAAAAGAAGGAAUGAUAGAUAAAAACCAAAAAAUUCCAAACUUACAAAAGGUGCAAAAAAUGGAAAAACAAAUUAUGUCCAAGACACUACCGAUGGAGCUAAAAAUACUUAAGGAUAAAGACGUUUUAAGUGAAAAAUACAAAUUAAAUGUAUUGGUACAAAAAAAGCAAAAUUUUGAUGAAUACAGAUGUGCUUCAGGAUUUGUGAAUUUUUUAAUAGAACACAUUCAAGAAAAAACAAAAAAGGAAGAAAAAGAAAAUUUUGACGAUUUAUUGAAAUUUGUAUUAAAAUUAAUAAGCAUCUAUAAAAUUAAAACAAUAGAUUUCAUAGAAGCUUUUCUAAUUCUUGAAACAAUUAACCUAACUGUCCUUAGAGAGAACCCCAUUGAAGAAUGGGUUUUAGUUACAUUUCAUUUUCUAAAAGGAAAUAUGAUAAACCAGAAUCUAAAAUUCAUAAUUAAUUCGUUGAAAUUAGAUAAUGUAAUAAUCAGUAAUGUAACAGCAUCUUUUUAUAUGAACAAAAAACCUAUUAAAAUGACGGAAACAAUUACUAACAGGGUUCUUACCAUAUUAUCAAAAGUAGUAAGAAGAAGAUCUUCAAGAAUUAAAAUAUUUAAUAGCUUAAAUGGUGAACAUAAAUCUAAAGAGGCACAUGAAGAGGUUGAACUGUUGGGUUCUUGCUGGCAGCCAGUUAAUGUAGACGGAACACCUGAAAAAUGA